AUGUCUUCAUUCUGGGAUAACAACAAAGACUCGUUCAAGUCUGCGGGGAUAGCCACCAUAAAGGGUAUAGGCAAAGGCGGAAAGGCGAUUGGAAAUGCUGGUGUCAGUGCCUACAAGGGCAGAAAUGGUUCCAGCACAAGCACUGCCUCCGAAGGUCCUACCAACUCGUUUGACACAGGAACUGGGCCAGUAUUGCAAAAGAUAGACCAUUCACAGCUCAAGUCUCUUCCAGCUCCUCCACGGAGAAACGUGGGUGCUGAUGGCUCGCCUGUUCCUGGUGUGCCACCACAGUCCCAACCGCAACCUCAACCACAGGCCCAGUACCAGCCACCGCAAGCACCCGCACAACCAGCACCUGCUCAGCCUCAAUUGGGUUACCAAACAGGCCACCAGCCCAGUACUGGUGCUGACGUUCCUCCUCCAGCAUAUCAGCAACAAAACCAGACCCAACAGUCUCAGGUGCCAACUCCACAGUAUCAGAAUCCCUCACAGCCAGCACCUCUACCCGGCAGACCCGUUCCAGCACCACCACCACGUCAGUCUCCAGCUCCUAGCUUGUCUUCGCGCCCUUCGGAGUCCGUGCUUGGUGCUGCUCCAGCACAGCCUGCACAGCCACCAGUCGCUCCCCCAGCCAUAAGCUACGAAAACCCAUACCACCAACCACCGGCUCCAGCACCACAAUUGCAACCGCAAUAUCCUCCCGAAGCUUUGGAACAGCCUCAACCUACUCAGCCAGCACCCUUCAGAAGAGCACCAGCACCUCUUCCUCCACAAUCUCCACUAGCCUCACCCGAACCUGUUGCGUCGCCUGCAGAAGAGCCCGAGAAGCCAAAAAAACCGUUGCCAGACCCUAAAUCGUUCCCUCCUCCCGUUUUACAUAAAGACAGAGCUAAACUUGCAAACAGCUCGACUGGAGAAAGCGAAAAAUCCAUCAGUGCCAGUAACACUGGUUCUAGUGCUGCAACCACGGGAGAACCCAUUGAAAAGCCCAACCCCAAAAAGGCAUACUCAUUGGAAAUUGAUAGAUCGUUUGCCCCGCCACCAAAACCAUUCCGUGGACCAGGAGAAGAGGUGCCACCCCCAAAGAAAGCUCACCAGCCUGCUCCUUAUUCUCCUCAAGCAGCAAGAUCUACACCCCCUCCUCCAUCUCGUGGAUCUGGUGCACCACCAUUGCCUAGCAGAGGGACUUCACAGAACAGCUUACCUCCAGUACAGGCAAAACCCUUACCAAUUCUGACUGAUUUCCCGCCACCUCCAAAACCAUUCAGACUGGUAGCAGAAUCCCCAAAAAAUGCACCUAGUCCAAAGGCCACCACUGCACCGGAACCUCCAGCACCAGUUCGUGUUGAAAAUGCUUCUGAGUUAGCGAAAAAGAAGGGACCUCCACCAAAACCAGCAAAGAAAUCCUCCUUGGUUGUAGAAAAUUCAAGUCAGUCACCACCUCCCCCAUACACUGAAGAAGAGACCAAGAAGCCCGUGAAUAGUAUUCCAAAUUUUGCUGAGGAAAUUGCUCUUAGAAAGAGAAAUAGUUCCACUACUUCUGUGAAAAAACAAUUGAAUGAAGAGCCACUAACCGAAGAAGCUCCCCCUCCUAAACCAGCACGCCCUCUGUCUGGUUUAUCAGAGUUACCACCCCCCAAGACAACACGUCACCUGUCUAGUUCAUCAGAGGUACCUCCCCCAAAACCAGCACGCCCACAACCAGCAGUAGAGGAAUCUCCUCCACCAAUGCCGCAUAGACCAAGCUCCAGAACAGAAUCAACUACUUCAGGCAAGCCUGUAAAACCGGAGAAGCCAAAUAAGCCAGAAAAGCCUGCUAAACCAGAAAAGCCGGGCAAACCUGGAAAGCUUGACAAGCCUGGAGCUAAAUUAAGUUCGGAAAAGCCUACCAUCAACUCACAAGACGAAUUUAUUAAUGAGUUACACAACAAUUUGAAGAAGACAGUACCCUCAUCGAGCGAGGUUGCGAAGGAAGCAGUGGUAGAGAAAAAGGCACCACCAAAGCCCAAACCACUUGCGAAGCCUAAGCCAGAAAUACCUACGAAGGCACCAGCUAUUCCACCCCCAAGAGUGGCCAGCAGAAAUUCUGGAACACCUCCUCCACCACCUACCCCAAGAAUUAAAUCUCCUCCAUCAGGAGUAGCAACUCCCCCACCGCCGCCCCCUGCUAGAAAUUAUAAGCGUGCCGCUGCUCCAGAGCCUGUUAAUUUAAAUCCUCCGGAUUUAGACUUAGAGCUUUCAACUGGGUGGUUUGCCAACUUUGCGAAAGCAGGCAUUUUGCCUCAAUCGUUACAGGGCCUCAACAUGAAAUAUUCGUACCAAUCGUCUAGUAUGGGCUCCAUCACAAGACAUCAGUCGAAUUUUAGUUUCCGUUUGAAAGAUUUGGCAAUUAUUGUCUACAAUUUUACUUGGACAAACGACAACUACGCAAAUGUUCAAGUUGAGAUUCUGAGGUAUGUUCCUUCACCAAUAGUGGCCAACAUUCCAAGCAAAUCUGAGCUUGUUGGUUACCACCAGAAGUUUGGAGAGUAUGUAGCUUCCUGGUGUGAGCACAAGCAAGGACAGAAGGUGGGAACUGGAGAAUGUUGGGAUUUGGCACGAGAUGCACUUCUCAAGGGGUGUGGAAAGCAUGCAUUUGUAUCUACGGGCACCCACCAUGGAUUCCCUAUUUUGUCAGUGAGUGGGUCAGCCAAUGGGGUGGUAUUCAACCAAGACCAAUUGGAUGAUAUCCGGAGAGGUGAUGUCCUUCAGUUUGAAAGGUGCUCCUUUUACAAUGCUGCCACUGGAGCCUCGCUGACUGCGGGAGACCCAGAUCAUACCUCAGUUGUUAUACAAAAUGAUGGUACAAAGAUAACUGUAUUGGAGCAGAAUGUGGGAGGUGUCAAGAUAGUUGUUAAGGGCCAAGUAAUUCUCAAAGACUUAAAGGCAGGAAAGUUAACUGUGUAUAGACCCGUACCCAUAGAGUGGGCUGGUGAACUCUAG